UGUAGCGACCGCACGGUUGCGGCUAUAGUAGGAAUGGGCGAAACUGCACCACGCAUAUCGACUUCAGGCGGACAUUCUGCUGGGACAUCAAAGGAGAUGACUGCUGUGACGGAGCAAGAGAACAAGCGGCAUGAAGAAGACAUGAAGAAAAUUAAAGACUACGAAAGUCUUGAUUACGACAUGUGCUACAAUGAACCACAGAUUGAACUUUUGGAACAGUAUGGACAAAAGCAAAGGUGUUUGAUGGUCUCUCGACCAGGCACCUAUUAUCAUGGACUUAUGGAAUGGAUUCUUGUCUUUCUGAUCGGUGCUGGCACUGGCAUGGUUGCGUUUGGUAUUGAUUUUUUUGUUACAAAGCUGGCAACUGUGAAGUUUGAUACAACUAAGCGAUAUGUCGAGACGUUUCAACCUCAAGGGAAACUUAUUAUUUGUGUUUUACUGAUUACAUCAUUUAACUUGGUCUAUGGCAUUAUUGCAGCUCUACUUACAUCAAUUGAGCCUGUCGCUGCUGGCAGCGGAAUUCCUGAAAUAAAGUGCUAUCUUAAUGGUGUAAAGGUGCGGAAUGUUGGUCGGUUGAAAACGUUGGUGGCUAAAGCUGUUGGUGUUUUAUUUAGUGUAUCUGGAGGAUAUUUGGUGGGAAAAGAAGGACCCAUGAUUCACAGUGGGGCUAUUCUUGGAGCUGGAAUACCACAGCUGCAAAGUGUGACAUUCGAACGGCUCGAUCUCAAGUAUCGCGUUUUUAGAUCUGACAGGUACAAGAGGGAUUUCGUAUCAGCUGGUGCUGCUGCAGGUGUUGCAGCUGCAUUUGGGGCUCCCAUUGGUGGAACACUGUUUAGUCUUGAGGAAGGAUCUUCGUUUUGGAAUCAAGCUCUUACGUGGAAAGUGUUUUUCUGUGCUAUGACAUCAGCUUUCUUCCUUAAUCUUUGUCGUCAGACUGUGUAUCAUUCACGGCAGUGGUUCAAAGUUGGAUCACUGGGGCUACUGGACUUUGGACAGUUUACUUGUGGAGAUAACUGCCGACUAUGGAGUGUGACUGAUCUUGCCAUCUUUAUUGUGAUGGGCUGUGUCGGUGGCUUACUUGGAGCAUUGUUUAAUUCCAUCAAUACUCGUCUAACUAUCUAUCGUCUCAAGCAUUUAGCAAAAAGACAUGCAGUAGUCAGAUUUCUGGAGGCUGUUCUUAUUGGACUUGUGACAUCAGUGUUAACAUUUGGUUCAACUCUUUCUCUCAGCAGCUGUGUCAAGAUGUGUAAUGACACGAUUAAUCCACCAUCAACGAUUCCUAAUCAUGAUAUUUACACACAUCGGCGACACUACCUUUGCCCAGAAAAUAGCACUUUUAAUGAUCUAGGUUCACUCUUUCUCAAUGUAGAGGAAAUGGCAAUCAAGCAGUUGUUUCAUGAGCCAAGUUCGUUUUCAAUUACAUCGCUUGUUGCAUUUUUUAUCUUGUUCUUCAUUCUUGCUGUGUGGACAUAUGGGGCUGGGGUACCAAGUGGGUUAUUUGUUCCUUGCUUGUCUAUUGGAGCUGCAUACGGUCGUCUAGUUGGAGAGCUUUUGAAAAUGGCUGGAUAUUCUGAUUCGUACGCUGGCAGUUUUGCUUUGAUUGGGGCUGCAAGUUUUCUUGGAGGAGUUGUUCGCAUGACAAUCAGUCUGUGUGUCAUUAUGAUUGAGUCUACGAAUGAAAUUAGUUAUGGCCUUCCAAUAAUGGCUGUUCUCAUGGUUGCCAAGUGGGUUGGAGACCGGUUCAAUUAUGGGCUGUAUGAUGUUCACGUUGAAGUAAAAAAAGUUCCUUUUCUUGAGUGGGAGUCACCACUUAAUAUGCACAGUUUGAAGGCUGAGGACAUCAUGGAACCAGAGCUGAAGUAUUUAUAUCCACAUACAAAAGUUCAAUCUAUCUGUGACCACCUCAAGACGACACGUCACAACGCUUUUCCAAUCGUUACUACAACUAAUUAUGAGAAUUUGGCGAGACUACCAAAGCUCCCAACAGUCGAUCAGAGCAGGAAAGAACUUGUGAGAUCUGAUGAAGAGCCCCCAACUCUCACAAGAAGACAACGUGCCUUUACAAUCGAUUCUAGAAGGAAUUAUCGUAUCUACAGUCAACAUCUCGACAUGAAACAUCAACUUUCAGGAGCUGAGAUGGCUAGUUUAGAUCGAGGUGAUCACAAUGCUAUGGUUAUGCGACAUGGUCGUGUAAGGGCACAGACUCUUAGUGAUGAUUCUACCUUUUCCAAGAGAGCGCCUGCUUGCGACAUGGAUAGUCAUAGAAAGCCACUAGUGUCUCCUAAUGCGGAAAUUUUUGACUUAUCUGUUGGACAUCCGCAAGUUCAGUCAGACGACUCAGCACACAGUUGUUCACCUGAUCCAGUGAGUAGUCAUGAUCACGACGACGAUGAUGGUAAUGAUAAUGGCAAUGAAGUUUUCGACUCAACUCAAGGAGACGAAAAAAUUAAGUCAGGAGAAAGUCGUAAAGUUUUGAUGUUUCAUGGUAUAAUACUACGCUCACAGCUAGUUACUUUGCUCAAGAAUCGCAUCUGGUUUAAUGCAGACCAAACAUCUAGCAGUCAGCGUCAACUGAGCCACAGAGAAAUGACCGAACAGUAUCCUCGUUAUAGUGAUAUCUAUGAUAUUGAUAUUAAACCGGAAGAUAUGAAGAACAAGAUAAUGGAUGUAACUCGAUAUAUGAAUCCAUGUCCAUACACCAUUUUGCCUCUAGCUCCAUUGCCCUACGUCUUCAACUUGUUUAGAACGAUGGGACUAAGACAUCUAGUCGUGGUUGAUAGCCACGGUCAGGCUAUUGGAAUGAUAACGCGUCAUAACUUGACGCAUGACUUUUUGCACCAAAGAAUGACAGAACUGAAUCCUACAAAACAUGUGUAACUGUGUAAUGCGGGACAGUAGACACUAGUAGCUGUAUAUUCGUUGUAUCAUUAUUGAAACAUUUAUUGUUUUAAUUAUUGUUAGUUUGAAGUUUUACUACUUGAUUGCAAUGAAUUGUUUUGUAUAUGUGUUCAGUUGCUCAUGAUCAUGAUCAUGUGAUCUAAUUAAAA